CCAGUAGAAAGUUUACAUCAUACACAUCAGCUGGCGCGGCUUUUUUUUGUGCCAAGCUUGCCGGUGUCAAAUAGCCUCGACAUCAAGCUCUGUGUACCUACUUUUGAUAUUUUUCCACCCACCCACCAUCCCACCUGGACGAUUCGACGAGAUGGAUCCGGCUAGUCCAGACGAGGCUCCAACCCUGCUCGAGAAGCAGGAUCAAGUUAAGGCUAGUUCUUCACUAUCCCGUGUGCGGAGUAUGCGGAUUCGUGGGCCCGUUCCCUCUCAAAUCUCACUAUUUGAAGGGGAAGACUUUGAGAGGGAGAAAGGAAGUCCAAGCGACAAUCUACUCAGACUUUGAGGGGGAGAAAGGAAGUCCAAGCGACCACGAGUAGUGAAAAACAAGCGUUAAUCAAGGAGUCGAAAAAAUCAAGAGUAUCGAAGUUCGAUCUGCAGUGGGAGGAUCUACGGCGUUAUCAAGACAACCGUCCGAACAUGUCAAGUUUCCGACUUACAUUAUGAUAAGUAACAAGUUUCCUUUGUCAACAUAUAAGCUAUAGCUAACCGGACCUAAGCUAUAGCUAACCGGACCUAACCUAAGCUAACCUAGCCUCACGAUGUGCAGGAUCCACAACCUAACUUAACCUAGCCUAGCCUAACAUUGUACUUCGCCGGCAGCAGUUACUAGUCACCGGCAGACAGUUGUUACAACUGUUCUUGCUUUGUUUAACCAUUGUAUAAAUAUACUUUGUUGUGUGAUAAGGUCGAUUGUGCUGUCGGGAAGAUAAACUAUAGUGAUAAGGCAUAUUUUACUCUGCUAUGCUGGGAUGAGGUAGAUGGAUGCGCUUUCCGGAAAAUGUUGUAGCUCGAAGGAGGUGUACUCCUUACUUUCUAGUACUUACAAGAAUAAGUGGUCUCCAAACCUUCGAAACGAAGGUAGGGCUUUGGGUAAGAGUUCAAAACAUCUGCCGCCGCCACUCGAGAACUACAUGGUUUCUUUCAUCCCCUCUUUUACUUGACGCUCCUUAUGAUUGCUUUUUCGAAUCUACUCUACAAUGAAUCUUCCGGAAUCCGUCGUUCGUGUAAAAUUAUUUUCUUGCUGUUUCUCUCUCUCUCUCCCUGUCCCUCUCCCUCUCUCUUCAUCUCCCACGAGCCCCAAGUGAAAUCGAAGAUGCGAAAGACCGGAUUUCCAGUCAAGUCCGAUUUCGCUGAGGACGAUCCGAAGAAACUCAUAGCCGACUACGACGAUUACGUCCACAAGACUGAACUAGCAAGGGGAGAAGAAGGUAAUUCCUUUUCAAAAGUAGUUUACGUUUAGUUUCUGAGUUGUUUAGAGUCGAUGGGGGGACAGGGUACUCCUGGUCAAAAGUAAGUAAGUACUUUACUAAAUGUUGGAGUUCGAGUAUCAUCCCACCGGUAGACUAGGGAUGCAAAUGAAUGAAUGGAGAUGGAAAAGAGAACAGAUGCCUCAUUGUUGACGUUGCAGAAAGGUGUCGUUGUUUCAUGUCAAUGUUUUUUUAGACAGGAGUUGGAAAUAAACAGUCUACAACCAUUCACUUUAUAUGGUAAACUAACCCGCCAUCAUCCAACCACUCACCAGCCUGUUUCUUCACAACCGGUCGAACCGGAGAGGGUCGACCAUUGUUAAUGGCUGAGCGUGGUCCAGCGGCUGUUGCUGGACAUCCUGUCUUGGAAUUUCUCGAACGAGCCGCUGAACAUGCGCCACGUCUGCCAGCGCUUAUUUAAGCCGUCGUGUAGAUGCUUACUAGAAUGAAUGGAUAACCAUGAUGUCCUGUCUAGUGUUACUUAGUUCCAUGUCCUCUCUAGUAAAAAUAGUGCUUGAGUAGACCGCACCUCUAAGUAACUUCCUGAUCUUCGCUAUAAUCCUGACUGUAUGCAGCUUAGGUCAAGAGUGCGAAUCAUAUUAAGAGACCUUCAAGAUAUGGUGAAGCUAGUGUCCAGCUCUAACUUAUGGUGGAACGGCCUUGUCCAGUACCUGGAAAAUUUGGAGAGGGUCCUAGUUUAGCCCUCAACGAAUGGAGCGUCUGGACAUGGAAAGAGUAUCGCGAUGACGUUCGCAGCUUGGCUUUGGCGAUUCUACCUUUGCUGAAACCUUUGGAUAUUAAGAUAUAUCUAACUAUAUUACUUAGAGGUGUGCUGCAAGUCUUGAUUGGCUUUCACGUUUUAGGUGAAGGUUGAGGUCCCGCGACGCUCAAAGCACUGUAAGGAAAACAACCGGUUAGCUUUCAAAACCUCACCAAGUCUAGGCUUAUCCCGUGCAACGAUGUUAAGCUAUCUAUGUCGACGUUGUGACGUUUUUACACAACUUACUACAACUGCCUCGGUUCGUUCCACGAGAGGCAUUUGUUGACUCAUCUCCGUCUGAGAGAAUCUCUAAUCGGAGCGUCCUCAUUUACGGUUUCAACAGUCCAGAGUGGGUCAUCUCGGCUCUAGCUGCGAGUUACUGUGGAGGCGUUUGGUGUGGCGUCUAUCCUACGGACUCUGCGGAACAAGUACAGUUUAAGAUGGACCACUCGGACUCUGCGGUUGUGUGCGUAGACAUGUCAGAAGGCGUGAAGUUAAGGCUACCGGCGCUUAAAAGGAAGUUGUAGUCCUUACAGUACAGUUGUAUAAUCACCCUUGGUUGGAGGUUCCUCUUUUUCUACAACUUGAAAAAGAAGUCGAGGAUGGGCUCCGGGAUGCGGCGCGGUAGCUCUAACAUAGAAGUUCAUGACAGUGUACGAAGGACUCGAAAAAGCGCCAAAUGUACGCCAAGUGUUAGUGUGGGGAUGCAGUGAAGAAGAGUUAUGGUUGGUUUCUUCAGGCAGGUUCCAUGUAUGUGAGACUAGGAAGCGGGAAUGAAUGAAGUUAGUAUGAGUUCAUGGUCUCGCUCGCAGACAAAAAAGAAGAGGCGCGCACUUUCGGAACUGGUACUACAUCAUGAUUUUACAGCUCCCUAAGAUAAAAUGGCGCUUCUAACCCUCGGCGGCGACCCCACCUUACCUAAGAUCCCACACCAAGAGUACGUGCGAGCGGACGGUACUCGUGUGGAGAUUAAGCCCUGGCGCAAGGCUCUGACCGCUGGCCGCGACAUCACGGACGACUCCAAGUUACUUGGCCGCAUCGCUGAUAUCAAACCCACACACUGUGCCUGUCUCGUUUACACCUCGGGAACGACGGGCUUCCCAAAGGGAGUCAUGAUCUCGCACGACAGCUUGUGCUAUCAAGGUAGUCACAGUUUUUGUUUCUUCCUAGACAUACUUGAUGUAGAGGUGAGUCUGUGCUGAAGAAGUGGUGAUCUUUCUCUAAAAAAAGGGUAGUUUCUGUCUCUGUUAGAGCUAAACCCACUUCUCUUGACACAAGCACAACAACUCCUGACUCCGUCUGCACAUUGACAUAUUCCUAAUGACAAAUAACAUUCCAUUUUCUUGAUCCUCCUCACCACAUCGUCCAACUCUAGUGGACCACUUACACAUUCACUUUACAACUUGCACAUGUGGUGCAAUGGUUAGUGUCCUGGACUAGGAAAAAUUAGAGACUAAGGGACCUCGUUUGCCGACCGUGGGUUCGAAUCCCAGGUCUGGUCAGAAAGGUAUCCCGAAACUAACACGUCUGCGACCUCUACACCGGAACCAAGAUCGCCCUGAAAGGCGGGGUCCGGCGUGCAAGCGCUAGAUACAGUUUUUUGUGAAUGUGACUUCUUCUUGUAGAUGCCGUCCGUCCUAGAUUAUUGUAGUUCGCCCUAGGUUCUUGAAGCCAACAAUAAAAAGGCGCCCUAAUAUUCUUUUGUUACUUCUUCUGUAGAUCGAAUGAAGAUGGUUCUUGAAGAUGUUGUACGAAACGAGACGGUUGUGCAUUCAUGUUCAACUCGAAAACAGCAAAACCUAAAAAAUUUCAGUUGAGAAUGGCUUAUCCGAGAAGUUUGGUUGGGCGCAGGAGAUCGGAAAGGACGGGGAAGAGCGUAUUGUGUCGUAUUUGCCUCUGAGCCACAUCGCAGGAACAAUCGUUGACAUUAUGACGCCGUUGGCUGUGACUGGGCGGUACUUGAUAGUGCUGUGAUGGUUGCUUGUUAACAUGCUUCAGAAGUUGAAGUGUCUACUAAAAAAUUUCGGUUGAAGAUGUUAUUCUUUGAGGAGGUGCGUGAUGAUUGUGAAUUACCAUAUAUAUCUCCCCCCGUAACAAAAUUAACGAAUGAGAUCCUCACCCUCAGGUGUUGUUUCGAUGAGGCAACAGGAUCGAUCCCAGGCUCUGCGUGCGUGUAUUUCGUGCGGCCCUACGAUAUGAAGCAGGGGACUCUGAAAUUCCGUAUUGCGACUGCGAAACCAACGGUUUUUAUGGGCGUCCCACGUGUCUACGAGAAAAUGAUGUCCGGAAUGCAGGCCAUGCUGCACAAGCUACCAGAACAAGGAUGCGUUGGAAAAUUGAAGUUCAAUUAUGGUCGGAUAGAAGACUUUUUGUGAAGAUUUUCACGAAACUGGAAAAGGUCGGAAUUUUCACGAAGCUGGAAAAGGUCGGAGGCUUGUUAUCGCGGAUAUCUCAAUAAAUUCAACUUAUACAACAGAGUGAAUGUAAUUUACUCUCCUUGUACGCUAGCAUACGCUACUCGUUGUAAGAGUGAUAGAACAGACUCCCUCUAACCCACAGCACUCCGCAAGGCUCAAAGAGCAGCUUUACAGACCGGCAAAUCCGUUGAAUUCGAAAACCUACAGAAACUCCAGGACCCCAGCCUAAAGAAAGACGCGUUGAAACCACACGGAUGGUCUUCGUUUUGGUUAUGAUGAAGGGUUUUCUUGUCAUUUGUCUCUCAGAAGUAGAACAAGUAUUGAGUAAAUACCCACAAUGGGUGUAUUUAGUAGAAAUUUAUAUAUAGAAUGUAGUAUAUAUAGCUUCAGAAGAAGCUUGCGUUCGGGGAGUGAAGAGGGUGUUCAUCUGCGUGGGGGAUAUAUAACCUACGCCUGCUGAGGCAAAAAUUCAUCUUUUUUAAAUAAGAUUUGAGGCACUCUCAACAGUUUCUUUGUUUUACUAACUCUAAUCAACAGUAAUUUCUGUACCCUAUAAAUAUAGAAUGUAGUACACCACGCGAAUAAUAUAUCCCGCACGCAGAUGGUUCUUCUGAAGCUACGUAAUGAUAUUUCCUGAACACUCAGAUGAGUUGUUGUCGUCCUCGUCCAUCUCCGAACUUGUCGUGGUCUUAAAGACACGCAGAUGAACACCCUCUUCACUCCCCGAACGCAAGCUCCUUCUGAAGCUACGUCGCAAGAUGGGUUUGGACCAGACAAAGAUGUUUAUGAGCGGCGCCGCCCCAUUGGCUCCAGCAGUCCAAGAAUUUUUUCUCGGUCUGGGCAUUCGUCUGGGAGACACCUACGGCAUGUCGGAAUCGUCAGGCACGACUGUGGUGUGCAAUCCAAGAUCAGGCUACGGUGGUCGCACGACGCUGGACGUAGCAGGAGUGAAGGGAGGAAAGAAUGUUAAGAUGACACAAUAGCUACAAUUAUGUGAUAGAUAAGAAUCGAGUCCUCUGAAAUCAUCGUGACGUCCUGGAUAUGAGUAUGACUAAGCCGAGGCGAGUUACCAAAUUUUAGUGACUCGAGCCACACGCAUUUAUUUUUAUCAAGUAUGCUCGUAAUAAGCUUUUAAUCACAGACUAUUCUCAUACUUUUUUGUGUUUUUGUUUCCUAGUUAGGCGUGCUUCACCGGUUUUAUUGAGUAUGCUCGUUGUAAUUGUAAGCGCAUCGACAUCAACAUCAUCACCAUCGUAGGUACAUCAAUCCAAAACUAGUACCCACCGAAGACUAGCAGAGAUCGGCUUCCCUCUAAGUUUCCAAAAACCGUGAUCAACGGUCAAGCCGCCAAGAUGGGCGCGGUUGGACGUCCUUUGCCUGGGGUUGAAGUGGCCUGUUUUCGUGAUGAAGUCGACUCAGAUGGACACGCUUCGUGGGUGCGUUGUCCUGUUGUGGACAGCUUGGAAAAUCCAGAUGCCGAAGGCCAGGGUGAGAUCUGCUACCGCGGUCGACACAUAAUGAUGGGCUAUUUUGCCAACCCACGUCUGGGAGAGGAACAUGUGGCUGAGAUCGCAGGAAAAAACAAGUGCACCAUCGAUUCAAAUGGGUGGUUGCACUCGGGAGAUAAGGUGAGAGAGUCCAAAUGUCUCAGUAACUUUUUAGAUAACUACUCAGUUAUGAAUGAUUUAUAAAUAUUUUCUUUUUCUUGUUGAUGUUGCAGAUGCAUGAAUCAAAUGGAAGACGAUGGAUUGCGCUGUUCAUACAAAGACACACCUUGAACAAGGGACAUCAUGCCAGUGUCUGUUUAACAGCUUUGCACCUACUACUGCUUUCUCACUCAGAUGUCCAGUAUAACCAAAUAUUACUGGAACAAUAUAUCCUCAGAUCAAUAUAUCCUCAGAUGACCAAGCGUAAUGAUCCUGGAACCAAAUACUACUGGAAUAUACUUACAUCAGGGUUGCAUGGACAAGAAUGGUUUCCUGAAGAUCACGGGACGUUACAAGGAACUGCUGAUUUCUGCGGGUGGAGAAAACAUCGCGCCAGUGCCGUUCGAACAGUCUCUGAAGGCCUUGGUGCCUGGAAUCAGCAACGUGGUCAUGAUCGGAGAUAAGCGGCCUUACAAUUAUGGCUAGAGCUUCUGAGCGCCAGAAACACUGAGUUGCGCUAGAAACACUGAGUAAGUUCUUGUGUUUUUCUAGAAAAACGAAAAUAGAAAGAGAGCUUGAAGAAGAAAAUGAAAGCAUCAACAAGCUUGAUCCGAUCAUAGCUUCGAACGUUUUAGCGCGGAGUUCCCUCCGUAGAUCUCUCUUAUUCAGUGCAGUCUUCAGUUUUUGGGAGGUACUUACACUCCUCGGCUGCAAUCAUCAGGUUUAGAGAAAGAACUCAGUAAGUAAACAAGAGGUCUUCACCUUCUGCGAAAAUAUCAUCAUACUCACCUUCUGCAGAAGCAACAAAAUUUUUUUCGAAUUUAUGAUCAACAAACCCGCAACACCUUUCAUUCUCCCGUCUGCCUUAUCACACUUUUGGUGACCGGUAACACUGGCGAGCUCCCGGGAACCGAGGAAUUGAUGGGUCCUGCUUUAGCAGUGAAUAAGAACUGUACUACAACCCGCCACGCGAUGGACGAUCCGAUUUGGAAAGAUGUCAUCCAGAAUGCCAUUAAUUAUGACAAGUCAAUUUUAGAAGUUUUGUUCUUUCUCGUGUCUGCUCCGGAUAGAACUAUCAAGAAUAUGACCGGUUGUUCGUUGUUGUACGUCACAGAAGUGCAAAAUACACCGAAGUUUAUUUUCUUUCUCUGCUACAAUCAUCAUCGUUGUAAAGCAUUCACAGCAUCUUCUCCUUAAAUUUCUCCACUUUCUUCUAAUUCCCAAAAGUGAACGCUGAUUCACUCGUCUGUGCCAAUAACGCCUGGAAAGUGCAGAAGUUUGCGAUUCUGCCUAGGGAUUUUAGUGUGACGACUGGAGAAUUCACGCCAACGAUGAAACUUCGUAGAGACGAAGUCGUUGAAAUCUGGAAAGAACCCAUUGAGAAAUUGUACUCGGCACAGGCGAGCCCCAGUCGCAGGAAGAGCAUCUUGGAGAGGAUCAUGCCGGGAAGUUCGUAAGUAGCUGCUGGAAGAACUAUUUUGAUACUGAUUUGGUUCUCGUGUGGUGUUCUUGUAGCUGUAGAUUUAUUAGGCAACUUGUAUUUGAUAAUUUAAGGUGAAGACAAACAAAGAGUUUACCUCUGUGUAAGUUUUGCUUCAAAAAUGGCCAGUAAGGGUCGAACCUGAAGUACAUGCCCAUGACCAAAGAAUACGAUGACAUUAGACGAAGGACACGAUGAAUAAAGCGUGGCCCUUAAAAAACUACGACUAGACAUUUCAAAUAUUCAAGACGAGUAGCACUAGGAAGAAAACUCGAAAUAGCCGCUCUCUGUCAAAGGCGAUGGCAUAAUCGCUCAAUGGUAGUUCAAGAUUCUGAAUAUCAGCUCUUGGUCACAUCAGGCAUGGAUUUUGUUACGAGUCGUACGAGUCAAUUUCUGAUCAUACUUCAACUCCGUAUUUACAGCGCAGUUUCUUUUACAUUUUGUUCUAACAUGCAAUGAAAAACGAAAAUAAAACUCAGUCAUUUUCCUAGGUAGCGCAAAGGAAGGGAAUAUAGUACCGACAGUAAACAAUCAAAGUUUAAGUUGUCUUUCUCAAAUUGCGUCACGUUACAAAAAUUGUAGUUAUAGCCUUUGCAGAGCAGUUCCAAGUAGUGAUGCUAUCGGAUAGUAGAAGUACAUCGAGAACUACACUUAGUAGUUUUGAAUACGGAGCAAGUUCAAGUCAUAUCUGAUGUAGUUAUGAGUCUUUUUCUCAAAAGGUUUAUCCUGCAUUUGAUUUUAGAUUUCGAGUUCAUACCCAUAGUCGUUCUGGGAAAAAUACCGCCACAAUCAACACUGAAUGCAUAAUAUCUUCGAUAAUCAUGGUGAUCAAGCAUAAGCGAACGCAAAUGGCCACUUACUCCGUAGAAGUUCUCGCUCUAUCCUAAAAAAUCCACAAUAAUCAUAGGGAAACACGUUUUCGAAUAUUCAAUCCGGUCGUCGUUUGCGUAGUUUUUAGUGCUUGGCCGUCGUGCUUCAGGCCUCUCGCGGGGAAGGGAAAGCGAGAAUUGUAGACCCAGAUAACAAAAAAAUAGAUCAUAGCGAGAAACGUAGAUCGUAGCGCGGGAAAUUGUAGACACAGGUAUAAC